GGUCCGGCCGCACGCGCAGCGGCGCGGCUCUCCAGCUCCCGAGCGCGGACUGUGGGCCCUGCCGCCGCUCCGCCCUAUGGCGAGGCUGCGGGACUGCCUGCCUCGCCUAACAAGAGCGAUCCGGUCCCUGCUCUUCUGGUCCCUGGUCUACUGCUACAGCGGGCUCUGCGCCUCCGUCCACCUGCUCAAACUUUUGUGGAGCAUCGGGAAGGGACCGGCACAGACCUUCCGGCGGGUGGCCCGGGAACACCCUCCUGCGUGCCUGAACGACCCCUCUCUGGGCACCCACUGCUACGUGCGCAUUAAGGAUUCGGGGUUAAGAUUUCACUAUGUUGCUGCUGGGGAAAGAGGCAAACCACUCAUGCUGCUGCUUCAUGGAUUUCCAGAAUUCUGGUAUUCUUGGCGUCACCAACUGAGAGAAUUUAAAAGUGCAUAUAGAGUUGUUGCACUGGAUUUGAGAGGCUAUGGAGAAACAGAUGCCCCUGGUCAUCGAGAAAAUUAUAAAUUGGACUGUCUAAUUACAGAUAUAAAGGAUAUUUUAGACUCUUUAGGGUAUAGCGAAUGUGUUCUGAUUGGCCAUGACUGGGGGGGCAUGAUCGCUUGGCUAAUUGCUAUCUGUUAUCCUGAAAUGGUGACAAAGCUUAUUGUUAUUAACUUCCCUCAUCCAAAUGUAUUUACAGAAUAUAUUUUACAACACCCUGCCCAGCUAUUCAAAUCCAGCUAUUACUACUUCUUCCAAAUACCACAGUUCCCAGAAUUUAUGUUCUCAAUAAAUGAUUUCAAGGCUUUGAAACAUCUCUUUACCAGUCAGAGCACUGGCAUUGGAAGAAAAGGAUGUCGAUUAACAACAGAAGAUCUUGAAGCUUAUAUUUAUGUCUUUUCUCAGCCUGGAGCAUUAAGUGGUCCAAUUAACCAUUACCGAAAUAUUUUCAGCUGCCUGCCUCUCAAGCAUCACAUGGUAACCACUCCAACAUUACUACUAUGGGGAGAGAAAGACGCAUUCAUGGAGGUUGAGAUGGCUGAAGUCACAAAGAUAUAUGUUAAGAACUACUUCAGAUUAACUAUUUUGUUAGAAGCCAGCCAUUGGCUUCAGCAAGACCAACCUGACAUAGUGAACAAAUUGAUAUGGACAUUUCUAAAAGAAGAAACAAGAAAAAAAGACUGAGUUUUCUUUAUCUUCUAUGAAGGGUCUUUAAUGAAGUCUCUAAUUUUUAAAAAUUAUUCAUCAACUUCUUUAUGUUUUACUAGGGGAAAAGUCUGUUUUAAUAUGCUUUAUUAUAAAUAAAUAUCCUGAAAAUGGU